AUGGUUUCCAAGAUGAUCCGUGUAGUUUCCAAGAUGACCCGAGAAUCGGAGCACAAGUUCCAAGUUCAGCUCAGCAAAGUGGCGAAAACCCUCCUGUCCCGGGUCUACACGCUCUCCACCUUCGUGGGAAACGGCGUCCUCUCAGGAGAUGUUCCUUGCAGCGUCCUUGCCGGCGUCUUGGAGGAGCAGGAGGUGUUUAAGAAGAUGCUGCACACCUGCGAUUCUUCUUUCUCCAAGUGUAUAACGAAAGUGCUGGAUGUCCGGAAGCAGGAGUUUGAAGAGCUGGAACGGCAGAAGAAGCAAAGAUGCUCCUUUAUCUGCCUGUGCCACUGCAUAGAGGACAUCAUAAAAGUGGACAGAAGUAUCGUGGAGAACAGCAUCGCGGACAAUGAAAGCUUGAAGGAUCAGAUCUUGGUGAGGAAGUUCUCCAUCGACGGCAAGAGUGAAAUGGGAUCGCACGUCCUCGACGAUUACAGCAGCAUGAUGGCAAAACUGUACCUCGUGGAGGAGAGCCUCUGUUUCCGUAGGCUGUGGAUGAUGAGAGCAGAGCAAACCAAAGCCACAGUCCCAGAGGAUCAAGUUUUCUCUGUUAAAGACGUUCAAGAAAAAAUCUAUGAGCCCGCCAUCGCUGACUUUCGCAAAAUCUACCUUUCCCUCAAAGACUUCUCCAUCACCCUCGGGACCGUGCAGAAACAGUUCGAGAAGCUGCUGGGACGGAAGGAUCAGCUCCGGGAAGAGCUUCAGAUCAUGGAGAACAGCGAAGGGCCAAAGGGUGGGAAAGCUCACUGGAUCGCGGGUGUGGUAGAGAGGAUCGAAAAUUACCUGACCCUCUCGAAAGUGGUGAACACUGCCAAGAUAAUUGAUGCUCUGAGACAGAAGCUUCAGCUGGAGGGCGAUUUCCAGAACCUCAGUGACCUGACGAAAUACGAGGAGCAGGAAUUCCAGAACAAGCGACUCGAUUUUAUGACCGAAAACUUAAUGAAGAUGCAAAAAAGUUUGAGCGACAUUCCCCAGGGAGUCUUGGACUUUCUGAAGGAGCUGCUGGAAUGUGCAAGGAAAGGUUUUACCUCCUGGAUCAAGACCAUAAUAAAAGACAAGACAGAAAUCCCUGUCUUUGUGGAGUUGGCAUCCAUUUCUGCGGGGGAAAACGACAUGGAUAUCGACAGAGUGAGCUUCUUCCGUGACGCCAUGGCCGCUUCUGCCCCCAUCGUGUUAGACCUGAGUCCCACAGCUGGAUUUAAGGAGUUCUUUAACGCUCUGUCUUCCAUUGGAGAAGCCAUCGUGAAGGACAGUAAGCUUCCCAAGAAGCUGAAAGAUUCCUGCGACAACAGGGAGUGGAUUCAGCUGGUUCACGACUCUCACGGCUCUGUGGAGCUUUCUUCGAUCUCUCAAGCCAGAAGCAUCAACAGAAAUGGGAUUUUUACCAUCUCAGCACCUCAAAAAUUCAAGGCUACGCUCGAGGAUUGUGUCUCCUUGCGCCUGCUGAAUGACAGCAAGGAGAGCGCGUUUCCAGCUGGGCAGAAGGCCAAGAAAUACAGCUUGUCUCAGCUCACGGAGCUCCAGAACAAGCUGAUGUUGAUGGCCACCAAGGUUGAGCAGGGCAGAGAGGAGGCUAACCGUUUCCUGGAGAUACUGGAAAAAGUUGAAGCAGUUGGAAAGUUGUACCUGGAGCUUCUCGGCGUUAGCAACAUCCUCUUCAUCAACUGGAAGGCUGACAUCUACUGCAACCCCCAGCAACAUGUGAAAGUCUACACGGAGUUUGGAAUUGCGGGGAUCCUUGUUCAGAGCACAAGACCCCUCCUGGAGGAGCUGAGCAACCUCUCCAAAGCAUUGGAGCAUUGCCUGGAAGAGUGGAAGAAGUACCUGGAGACUCAGAGGGACACCUACUACCAUCUCAACCUGUUCACCGCGCACCAGCUCUUCUAUUUAUGCAGCCAGCUGGCCAGAGUCCACAAGGGCAUCGUCGAACCGCAGGUGCUCACCAUGCUUUCCGUCAUCAAGCAUGACAUCAGCGAAGAAGACAUCAAAAAAGCCCUGGCGGAUGCGCUGAUGACUCCGCUGGACACCGUCAACACGUCGGCGGGAGGCGAGGAAUCCGUCACCUGGCACGACUACAUCAUUCGUUUUCCCCAGCUCAUCAAAAGCUUGGCCGAAUCGGGCUACGACGAGUCCGUGGCAAAGGCAGCCUUGCAGAGCUGCCUGUCUGACUCACCCAUCACAGAGCAGAUGCUCAUGGAUUUCGCCUUCGAGCAGGGUGACGACAAGGAGUUGGUUGAAGAGCUCAGCAAGCUGUACGAAGAGAUGAAAGAAGACUUCCUGCAGAAGAGACGGAAAUUUAAGACCGGGAACCGAGAUGCUGACGAGGUUUCCUUCAGCAGCCUGGCCGACGAGGAGUUGGCUGCCUCCUUUGAGAGCUUGCCGUCCAUUUACGACAAGGUGAUUCUGCUCUGGGAUGCCUACUGUAAGAAAUUCGCUGGACUGGUGUCUGAUAAAUACAUAGGCUUGGAUGUCUUCGGGGAAUUGCUGAAGCGCUUGGCUGCUCUAGAAAGCACGUGCGUGGAGAGAAGUUUACCCGUCGGCUUCGAAGAGAGAAAACCAAUUCUUGUCAUGUGCAAGGAAGAGGAAAUGUUACCCAACAUGUUAUUCGUCUACCGGCACACUGAAGCGGCGCCUCUCCCAUCGUACGACGAGGUCCUGGUGUGCACGCCGGACACAGAGGAGGAGGAGGUGGAGCUGCUUGUCAGGAGAGCUCUUUCCCCAGGUUCCCGGGACCAGAAGAUCUACUGUUUGCUGGGCGCUGACAAAUUAGUUUAUAAAGUUUCCAAACAACUCGAGUUUCACUUCUUCCGCCUGGUGCAAUCUUCCAGCAUCCCCAACUACAGAUUCAUCAUCUUCUGCAACGCCAAAGCUCACAACUCCUACGUUAUCACGGCCUUCGAUGCCUACAAGGUGACUUUCCCGUGCUACUCUGAGACAGAAAUCCAGACCUACCUGAAGAUGCACCUCAAAGUGCCGAGCGGCACAGCCCCCGUCGCUCAAGCCUUCGACGAGCCCCACCAGCAGAAUGUGAAGUUUGUCUUUUCGGAGAAAGUAGGAAUGGGGAAGUCUCUCUUUGUGGACAACACCAUCGGCAAGGUCUGUGCCCAGCUGGGUGGCACGCUGCUGCUCCACAAAACCAUCAGGCUGAUGGAGUCGGACAUUGAUUACCAGUUCUUGGUGGAGGAGCUUUUCUCCGUCAACCAAUCCGUGACCGAAAUUCAGCCCAGCGUCUUCCACAUCGACGUGUCUCCAGUGGUAUCGAAAGGUCUCUACCGGCUGCUGAUCCACCUGUGUAUCCUGCGGCACAUCCAGAGUCCCGACGGCUUGGUCUGGAAGUGCAGACCCUCUCAUCUUUACCUGAUUGAGUACCUGGCGAAGGGGAAAGGUCUCAGCAGUACGAGGAAGCAGGAGAUGUCCAUUGAAAUGGAAGAAAAAUUUCUGGAUCUUUUUCCUACCGUGGAGUGUGUAUCGCCGCUGCGCGUGCUCGACUUGCUGGGACACGGCAGCUCUGCCCCUCCUGCAGAACUGAGGGAGGAAUGGUUUGACCAGGGCAAGCUAAAGAGCGAAGUUUUCCAAAGGUCCUACCAAUACCUCAGCAGGUACAAACGGAAGGAAAACCUUGACCAUUUCACUUUCGUCCCUGGAAAGAUCGAAGGGACAGAGAAAGAAUGCCUGGAGUGCUUGAUGGAGUUCUGCGAGAGGAGCAACCCCUCCUGGACUGAGGUCAGCAACUUCACGCACUUCUUGAACUUCCAGCUAAGAAAGUGUGAGAAAUCAGUCUUCUGCAGCCCGGUAGUCGGAACGCAGUUCGCUGGCUUCAAAACGUUCGUCGUCAAGUUCAUGAUCGCCAUGUCCAAGGACUUCGCCAUGCCUUCCCUCGACAUGUCCGACGAAAGCGUGCCGAGCGAGGAGUGGAAGGAGGUGGACAGCGUUUUGAGGAAGUACGAGCUGAGGCGCAAGUGGGAGCAGGAGUCUCACCCUUACAUAGUCUUCCACGCCGAGGAUGAUUCCAUGGAGUUUUUAGGUUUUCACAUCAACCAGAACUACGACGCGAUCGACGCUUAUACCCAGGCUGUUUUGGAGAAGGCGGUUAUGAGUAAGAACUUAUACACCACCUUGGCGUACCAAAACGUUCCUUUCAAUAAGAAAUUCGAAGCCUUAUCCAGAACCGAGCAGUUGGAGGCCCUCUGCAGAGUCUUCGGUGUGAAAUGCCGGGAGGAUCCUGAUCCUUCCUACCAGUUGACUCUGGACAACACCAUGAAGAUGCUGGCCAUUCACCUGCGGUUCCAGUGUGGGAUCCCUGUGAUCAUCAUGGGUGAAACUGGUUGUGGGAAGACAAAGCUGGUGGAGUUCAUGUGCAACCUGCAAAGGGCAGGCAGGGACAUUCCGAAUAUGAUAGUGGUGCGUGUUCACGGCGGCACCACCUCCAAGACCAUCCAGAAGAAGGUGAUGCAGGCCAUCGAGCUGGCAUGCACCAAUGAGGAAGAGCACAACAUAGACACGGUGCUCUUCUUCGAUGAAGCCAACACCUCGGAGGCCAUCUUCGCAAUCAAAGAAGUGCUGUGCGACCACAGCGUCAACGGAAAGCGGAUUUCCACAGGCCGCUUGAAGGUGGUGGCCGCUUGCAACCCUUACAAGAGGCACACCAAGGCAACCAUUGAGAAACUGGAGAAAGCUGGCUUGGGAUACCGUGUCCGGAGUGAAGACACCCCGGAGAAGCUGGGUUACAUUCCUUUGCGCCAGUUGGUGUACCGGGUGCAGCCCCUUCCUCCCAGUUUAUUGCCUCUGGUCUGGGAUUUCGGGGAGCUGAAUGAGAAGACGCAAAGCCUGUACAUCCGGGAGAUUGUGAAGUCCACCGUGGAGACCGAGAUCCCUGCGGGGAACCUGGACAUCUUCACCGAUGUCAUUUCAACUUCCCAGAAGUUCCUGCGAGAGAGGAAGGACGAAUGCAGAGUCGCCAGCCUCCGGGACAUAGAUCGCUGCAUGAAGAUAGUGUUGUGGUUUUACGACUUGAGAGACCUACUCUUCCACGAGAUUGACGAGAAGAGGAGGAGGAAGGAGAAAGAGGAACCAACCUUAAACGAUGCGCAAAGGGCUUUGGUCCUUUCGGUAGGGGUCUGCUAUUACGUGUCUCUGGAGAGCCGCCAAGAGUAUCUAGAGGAGGUAGCAAAAUGCUUCUCGGUCCCCGCAUCCCAGCUGCAGCAAGAGAUGGAGUUGUGCCAGGAGGUGUUUCUCGAUAACCUCUCCAUUGGUAAGGCGACAGCCUGCAACAACGCUCUGAGGGAGAACAUCCUCAUGAUGGUUGUCUGCAUGGACCUCCGAGUGCCGCUUUUUCUGGUUGGGAAGCCGGGGAGCUCCAAAUCCCUCUCCAAAACCAUCGCCGUGAAUGCCAUGAAAGGCACGUUGUCUGAAAAAAAGUUGUUCAAAAGGUGCAAAGAGAUCCAGCUGGUCUCCUUCCAGUGCAGCCCCCACUCGAAACCAGAAGGCAUCAUCUCCACCUUCCGACAAUGUGCCCAGUUCCAGAAGGGCAAGAAUCUGAAGGAGUUUGCCUCCGUGGUCCUGCUCGACGAGAUCGGUCUUGCAGAAGACUCGCCCGAUAUGCCGUUGAAGACGCUGCAUCCUCUGCUGGAAGAUGGCUGUGUUGACGAUGAGAAGCUGGAGGCCUACAAGAAAGUUGGCUUUAUGGGCAUCUCCAACUGGGCCUUGGACCCUGCCAAAAUGAACCGGGGCCUCCUCGUCUUUCGGACGGAACCUAGCGAGGAAGAGCUGGUGAAGACGGCCAACGGCAUCUGCGCUGACCAACCUCACCUGGAGAUGAUCAAACACUUGUUCCCCAUCCUGGCCAAUUUCUACUGCAACGUGCUGAAAACACAGAAAACAGAGUUCUUUGGGCUUCGCGACUUCUACAGCUUAAUCAAGAUGGUUGUGUACUACACACAGGGCAUGAAGCGCAGUUCUCAAGAGGAGGUCCUCGUCAAAGCCAUUCAGAGAAAUUUUGGAGGCUCCAGCGAAAUCCAUCCGCUGGAAAUCUUCCGUAGCUGCGUCAGCGAGGUGCGCCUCAGCCACUUGAAGGAAACCAGCUGCAUCCGUCUGCUGGAGGAAAACAUAGACAAACGGCAAGUGGGGUUCAUGUCUCGUUACCUCCUGUUGCUGACGACCAACAACUCCGCCUUUCAGAUCAUCCAGAUGACGCGGCUCAUAGAUGCUGGCAACUGCGACAUUAUAUUUGGCUCCGGUUUCCCACGGGACCAGGAUUAUUCCCAGGUGUGUCGCUCCGUGAACAGGGUGAAAAUUUGCAUGGAGAUGGGCAGGCCCGUUGUCCUCCUCAACAUCCAGAACCUCUACGAGAGCCUUUAUGAUACCCUCAACCAGUGCUUCGUCAGCCUGGGGGAUAAUUACUACGUUGACCUGGGCCUCGGCACUCAUAGGGUGAAGAGCCGCGUGAAGGAGGAAUUCCGGCUGAUUAUUAUAGAGGAGAAGAAUGUGGUCUACACACAGUUCCCCACCCCUCUGCUGAGCCGUCUGGAGAAGCAUUGUUUGGACAUGAACACCAUCCUCAGCUGGCAACAGCAAGACCUGAAGCGGGACCUGGAGAAUUGGGCCAGUUGGUUUGUCGACAUCGAGAACCCCGAUUCCUUAAGGGCCUGGUCCCAGGCGCUCGCUCCCAAGGAAUGCGAUGUCUUCAUCGGCUUCAGCGACGACACGUCCGCCGCCAUUGUGCUGGAGAGCUCCCAGCACCUCCACUGCCGAGGCUACGAACCCUACGGAGAUCCGGUCUUCGCCGCCGCCACAAGCAAACUGGUGGAGUGUGCCACUCCUGACUCCAUCCUGCGCCUGAAGUACUCCACUCUGAAGGACGCUAAGCAGAUCCAGGAGCUGUAUUUCAUCAAGCAGAAGCACAACAGCCUGGCCAGCCUCCUACACGAGAUGAUGAACCAGCAGAAGGAGCAAGGGAGCACCGCCGGGCUGUGCCUGCAGGUCUCUACUCAUGCCAGACUGCUAAACCAGAAGGAUUUGGAAGUGCUGAAGAAGACGCUGAAUCUCCCAGAUACCAUCCACUGCCUCUUCCUAAGCCAGUUUGACACUGAACACGCUUUCCGCCAGGACCUCAGGUACUGCAUCACCGACGAGCGCCAGAGGUCGGCAAGCCCCCAUCUCCUGCACGUCGUGCUGAUCACCAAAGUCCCACGGGUCCUGGGAGGGUGCAGCUACCUGGCUUUUGACAGUGGUGAGUGGAAGUCCAUCCACUUGGAUGACCUGAUGCCCCCAGAGAACUUUCAGGCCAAUCUCGGCCAGCUCUCCACAAUGACCAUCGCUGAGAUUUUCACGAGCAGCUCCCUGCUGCAGCUCCCAACAGGUUCUCCAGAGGAUUCUGCUGCCCUGGGAACCCUCACCGAACCUGGCCUUUACCCAGAGGAAAACCCACAGUUCCUCAACGUGGACGCGAUGAUCAAAGGGAGCAUCCAGAAGGCCGUGAUCCAGCUGGAGGACAAGAAGGACAACAGCAAGCGUCCAACGGAGAGAAUCAAGAUCCUGCACAACUUGCUUUUCCACUCUCAGAGUAGCGUUUCCAGCCACUUUAUGACCAUCCUGAAGAAGAGAAUUUGUGGCCUCCUCCAAGAACGAGAGAAACCCAUUCAAGAGCCAAGGGGGUGGAUUUACCGCAGGGCGCUCUCGAUCGAGUUCAUCCUGGAAGACACAUCAUUCAGGCAAGCGCUCUGGAUGCACCUGGAAGACCUCGUGGCAAACGUCUUUGCCCAAAUUCUCGCCGUGGUGGAUGCCAACAACAACCUGGAUCACAUCGCCCAAGGCUCUCCACUGGCGGAACUGUGGCUCCAGAUGUUCCAAGAAGAAACAUUCCUAAAAAUUAAAUACACCAGGAAGGCGGCAGACGCAAAGAUUUCCGUGUUAUCAAUGACCGAAGACCCCAACACCUCCCUCUGCUGCCAGUUCCCCUUCAGCUGGGUUUUGAAAGCCUACCUGGAUGACAUCUGGGAGAAGGUCUACCAGAUGAAAGAUCAACCCGUGCAGCCAACGGAAGAAGUGACCAGAUUCUACCAAAGCUUCAUCAAGAACGUCUUGAUGCCAGAAGGCAGCAACCUGGAUGUGCUCCGCUGUUAUGCCAACGAUUUCCUCAGGAUGGCUUUUCCCGGGCAAGACCUUGCUGUCUAUGAGAUUCUAGCAAAAGUUUUCCUCGCCAGCGCAGAGCGACUCUGCUCCUCUGUGGGCGGGGCGAAGAUGGACUUUUCCCCGAUUUGGCUUCACAUGGAAUAUUUCUACCUCCGGGACGAUUAUCAGCUCUUUGUUGACAUAGCAAAAAGCAACGACGCUGUCAUAAGCGAGCUGCAGGCAACGUAUGAGAGGAACCCCCCGGAAAUGUUUGUCACCCUCGAUGCCUUGAACAUUCUCCUGAAGAAAGUGCAGCCCUCGGAAAACAAGCUUUUGCCCUUUGAUGCCUGUGUGGGGUGGCUCAAAAGCGUCAAGUCCAUUAAGCCCUGGGUCGAGUGGAUCAGUCGGGACAACUACCAGCUUCGGUUCUACCAGAAUAAGAAGAAGCUCCUGGAGAGUGUGUUACAUCGCUGGACCUGCACCAACAUUGUCUACAUGUUGAUUGACCACCUGCUGCACAACGAGACACAAAUAGAGGAGAAACUCCUGAGGCUCGUGGUGAAGCAGUUCAUCUUCCUCUGGAAUCGCCUCUACGCAGCGCCGGGGUUUGAGCCAGAGCAGGUUUUCGAUUUAGUGACGAAGGUGCUGAAGAAAUGCAAUGCGAAUGCCGACGUCGUGUAUCUGGUGAAGGGUGUGAAGGAAUGCAAGAGCUGCCUACGGGAGAUCACCGACCCGGCGGAGCUGCCCUGCCACCACAUCUUCUGCACAAGCUGCAUCCUGGAGUGGGUGAACAAGCAGUGUAAAAUCUGCAAGGAGGAGUUCCCAGAGGAUUACACACCCACGGCUUCGGAGGCCACGAGGGAAGCUGUCGCCUGUCACAACAAAUUCAGGAGGAAAUGCAAUUCCUUCUUCGUUGAAUUCCUCACCAUUUACUUUUUGGGAGACAGACAGGCACCUUCUGCUGAAAUCAUUCAGCGACUGAUACAGUUUGUGGCGUGCAAACCCAACCCGGAGCAUCAGGCGGGGAAAAGGGUGUACAAGCCGAGAAGUGAGCUGUCGCCCUUCGAAGAGUGCAUGGACACCAGUCCCACCAUCCAGUCCUCCCUCCUGAAGCUGCUGCUGCGAUGCGGGUUCAACAACGUCAAGGUUCACUUGGAAGAGUACCUGUCCCAGAUGGAGGAAAAGAUAAUCUCCAACCAAAGUAACAUGGACCAUUUCUACUUCAUGGUGGUACACUGUCUGGAGGAUUUUAUGUAUCCUUCUUCUGAAGAAGACAUCAGCCAGCUUGCUGAAAACUGCCUCUCCACCACAGACCUGUCUGCUUUCUGCAAGUCAGAGGUCUCCAGAAUUAACACCCUUCAGUUCAUCGCCCAGCUCCGGCUCUCCAUCAGUCACGUGGCCACCGUGCUUGGCCGAUGGAUGCUUUCCGAUCCCAACGCGCCCGCUGCCGAGGGGACCGAGAAUGAGCAAGACUUGGUGAAUUCAAUGAAGCAGCUGGUUGCGAAGGCUCCGACUCCGUGGCCUCAGGUGUUCCUCAUCAGAAACCUCUGUGAAAUCUACGGGCUGACCUCCAUGUGGAAGAUCCUCCAGGCGGAGAAGUGGAUUUUACCCCGAGGGGUAGAAAUUUCGCAGGAGGUGUCCAUGGGUGUUGGUUUGGAACUGUUAGUGGCUGAUCUGGACCAGUUGGUUGGUCUGGAACCAUUGGUUGAUCUGGAGCAGUUGGUUGAUCUGGACCAGUUGGUUGGUCUGGACCUGUUGUCUGUCAUAAGACAAAUGGAGAACCUCCUCCGGUUGCCGUCCGUCCCAGAGGAGCUGCUGGAAGACAAACUGAAGAAGAUCAUGGAUGCUUUGAGUGACAGCGAAGACCCAAGCCUGCUGGAAGUGGUCUUCCACACUGCAAUCACUCUGGCCUUGUUCCCGAGCCGUAUCACUCACCUGCUCAAGAACAUCUGCUUCAAGCCUGAUGUGGUGAAGGGAUCCUACCUUCCCACCAUGCCUGGAGACCUGCUUUUUGACGAGAAGAACUGGAAAAUUGGUGCGACUGAUAAGGUUUGGACUUGUCAGUGUGGCUCGUACUGGAUUGUCACCAACUGUGGGUUUCCCAUGGAAGUGAAGAAAUGCCAGUGUGGUGCCGCCAUUGGGGGAACGAACCACAAGCCUGAGACAGGCUUUGUGUGGAAAGACACCACGGAGGACAAAACAGAGAAAGGCUACAUCCUGGAGAGCCCCCUCUCACGGAGAAACGAGCUGGAGAGGUGCCUGUUGCCUGCCUGCGUCGGGCUUGCGCGAGCUCUGCUCCAUUCAUCCCUCCUGCUGGGGAUCCACGCCAACAAAGAGGCAAUUCUGGACCUGAUGAAAAAGAAACCGGAGGAUGUGGAAGAGUUCUUCUGGGGCCACCUUCGGAAAGACAUGACGUGCCUGGCAGAAGCACUCAACAGGAACACAGAGGAGGCUGUGUUGACUGUCCAUCUGUUCCUACAGCACCUCAGCAAGGACAACCUGGCAGAUGAAUGCGCAUCCUUGAGCAUCCUACGUGAGAAAAAGGACCGAGAAGAAUGGGAAACCUCCUUCAAAGCCCUGGCUCAACCCUUCUUCCAGGAACUGGAGCAGAGCCUUAAUUCUGUCAAGGAGCAGAGGAUGAAGGAAGGUCCCCAUGGCUCCAGCCUUCUCCUGAAAAUAGCUUACGGCCAGACACCGCCUUUCCCAGACCUACCAGCGCAGGGGUUGAUCAACCGGCCCUGCAUGUGGAGAUUUGAACGGAAGACAACUAUCCAGACCUUGAUGCAUUUGCUACAGCAGGAAGAUGGAGAAGGCGCUGGAAACCCAUACCCCAUACUGCUGGAGCUCCUGUCGAAGCUUGAGAACAUCCAACAUGUCCGACACCUGCCAGACAUUUUCCGUCUGCAGAAUGCCCUGAUCCACUUCUUCCAAAACAGCCAUAGAGGGAAAAACUACACAAUCCGGCAAUUCCUGGACCAGCCUGAACUUUCAGAGGACCAGCGUAUGGCUUUCAGCAGAGCGAUCGAGACGAUCCGGAAAGUUUGGAGCAAUAUUAAAAUGAACCCAUUCAGCUCAGGCCUCACCAUCCUGCCGGACCUCUCGCCAAACGACAUCAACACCAACACUGCCGUCCUGCACCUCCUCCCCAGCCAACCGUCCAUCAGCCACCUGGUGACCAGCUUCCUCAUACAGCUGCAAAACAGCUGCAUUGACACGGCUGCGCGGGUCACCAGGGAGAGGCAACGGUCCAUCUCCGCAGAAGAGGUGAAGUCCUCCUCCGUGCUGGCCAUAACCAAGAGUGAUCUGGUAACCAUGGCGCUAGCCAACUUGCAGUACGAGAUAGAUGAAGAUGACACCAAGACGACCUACUUCGACUUCCAGAUGCUGCAGCGGCAAGUGGUUCAUCGUUUCAUCAGCGGGAAGCCCAUCAUCAAGGCUCAGACGGCUCCAUCCAUUGCCCUCAACAACGUGAGGACACUCCAGAACACCAAGGUGCAAGUGAGGGAUCAGCUGCCCCAGGAGCUGCUCAGCAUCAACCAGCAGAAGCGCAUCAUGGAAGAGGCCCGCUCGGUCAAUGCCCUCUCCAAGACCCUGGCCACCGUGAAGGUGGCUGCUGAGUUCCUGGCCGUGACGGGUGGUGACCCAGAGCGCCCGCUGCCUGAGUAUGUCCAGCAGGAGCUGAAGAUGGACGCCAAUGCAAAGCAGUUCCAGGACCUGCCGAAUCCCCAGAUCUAG